AUGAAUGAGAAGUGGGACUCCAACUCUUCAGAAAACUGGACUCAUAUCUGGCAUGUCACUAACACAAACCAUGAUCUGGACUCGGAUAUUAAUAUCACCUACGUGAAUUACUAUCUUCACCAGCCUCAAGUUGCGGCAAUCUUCAUUAUCUCCUACUUUCUGAUCUUCUUCCUGUGUAUGGUGGGAAAUACAGUGGUCUGCUUUAUUGUAACGAGGAACAAACAUAUGCACACAGUCACUAAUCUCUUCAUCUUGAACCUGGCAAUUAGUGAUUUACUAGUUGGAAUAUUCUGUAUGCCCAUAACAUUGCUGGACAAUAUUAUAGCAGGAUGGCCAUUUGGAAAUACGAUGUGCAAGAUGAGUGGCUUGGUCCAGGGAAUAUCAGUGGCUGCCUCGGUCUUCACAUUAGUUGCAAUAGCUGUAGAUAGGUUCCGAAGUGUUGUCUACCCCUUUAAACCAAAGCUCACUAUUAAGACAGCAUUUUCCAUUAUUGUGGUCAUCUGGGUCCUGGCCAUCACCAUUAUGUGUCCAUCGGCGGUAAUGUUACAUGUACAAGAAGAAAAAUAUUACCAAGUGAGACUCAAGUCCCAGAAUAAAACCAGCCCAGUCUACUGGUGCCGAGAAGAUUGGCCGAAUCAGGAAAUGAGGAAGAUCUACACCACCGUGCUGUUUGCCAAUAUCUACCUGACUCCCCUGACGCUCAUGGUCAUCAUGUACGCAAGGAUUGGCGUCUCACUCAUCAAGACAGCAGUCCCGCACAGGAGCAAGCAGAACCAGGAGCAGUGGCACGCACUGGCCAAGAAGAAGCAGAAGGUCAUUAAAAUGCUUCUGACAGUGGCCUUGCUUUUCAUUCUCUCCUGGCUGCCCCUGUGGACUGUCAUGAUGCUCUCAGACUAUGCUGACCUGUCUCCAAAUGAACUGCGUGUCAUCAACAUCUACAUUUACCCCUUUGCCCACUGGCUGGCCUUUUGUAACAGCAGUGUCAACCCCAUCAUUUAUGGGUUCUUCAAUGAGAAUUUUCGCCGUGGUUACCAAGAGGCAUUUCAGCUUCACUUCUGUCAAAGGAGAGCAAAGCCCAAGAAAGGCUGGCCUCUAAGCGUGAAAGUGAACAGCACCAUCAACACAUCUAAUCAGUUAGCUCAGGAAUCUACCUUUCAGAGCACACUUGGGGAAAAUGUGCUUUAUAAUAAAAGUGCUGAAAAACCCAAUCAGGAAUUAGUAAUGGAAGAUUUGGGAGGAGCUUCCAAUAACAGUGGGUUCAAAAGAGAGAUAGUGUGAUUAUUCUAUCUCUACUACGUAUAUAUAUUGAAAUAAUGUUGCUUCCUGUGGCUUUGUGCUUCAAUUAUUUCUGUGAAUGUUGUGAAGAAAGCAUUUACUGAACAACCUCCCUAGGGGAAAAAUGUAAACAAAAUCUUAUGAUUAUAACCAAUCUUGGUGUAUAUAAAAUACAUAGUGACUUGUGUAUAUGGGUUUGCUGAAUAAAUCCGUUCUCUGGGAAAUGA